AUGAAGAUGAUUGCUUGGAACUGUCAAGGUCUGGGAAGAACCUUGACAGUCAAGAAGUUGAGGGAGGAGUGUCUAAAGAACAAACCCUCUAUAAUCUUCCUAAUGGAAACAAAAAUAAAAGGGGAGAAAGUAAAAAGAAUUAGAAGGCUGUGUCAGAUGCAAGAGGAAUUUUAUGUUGAUCCAAGGGGAAGGGGAGGUGGCCUGGCGUUAUGGUGGAAAGAAGAUGUGAUAGUGAAUAUAUGGUUUAACUCGAGAAACUUGAUCCAUGUUUCCUUAGAAUCUAAUUCUUUUACUGUACCAAAGUACGUGACCUUUGUGUAUGGGGCACCUGGUAAUGAUAAGAAGAUGUUGGUAUGGAAUGAAAUGAGAAGAUUGGGAAGUGGAGUUAGAGGGUCUUGGCUGUGCUUAGGGGAUUUUAAUGAUGUGAUUUCAGAAGAAGAGAAGUGGGGCAAUCUACCAAUUGACAUAGGAAGGGCAAUAAACUUUCAAUGUAUGUUGGCAGAUUGUCAUUUAAUAGAUUUGGGUUUUAAAGGUGCUAAAUAUACUUGGUGUAACAAAAGGCUUGGGGCUGCACAAGUAAAAGAAAGAUUGGAUCGGGCAGUAGCUAAUGUAGAGUUUAGAGAGGAUUUUCACAAUGCUACUGUAAUCCAUAUAGAACCUGUGGGAUCGGAUCAUCAUAUGUUGCUUAUGGACUGUGAUUUUCAGCAUUCAAGGGUACCCAAAAUGUUUAGAUUUGAAGCUUUUUGGGCUGAAUAUAUUGAUUUUCUGAAUGUGGUUAGACAAGGUUGGAAACAGACUAGAGGAAACGGUAAUAAGGUGGAAGUUUUAAUUGAUAGACUUGAUGAAUGUAGAAAGGUUCUUUUGAAAUGGAGUAGGGAAACCUUUCCUAAUGCAAGGAGACAAGUUGAACAGCUGACACAAAAAUUGAAAGAGUGCACAUCGGGCAGUCUGAAUGAGCAAAGUAGAGCAGAAGCUGAAAGCUUAAUUCAGCAAAUUGAAGAAGCUUGGGAUAGGGAAGAGAAGUAUUGGUGGCAGAGAUCUAGAGUGAAUUGGUUACAAGAUGGAGACAGAAAUACGAAGUUCUUUCAUUCAAGCACCAUUCAAAGAAGGAUAAAGAAUAAAGUCACAAAGUUGAAAAGUGAUGAUGGUAGAUGGCUAGAGGAAGAAAAUGAGGUGAACGAUGCUUUCCUGAAAUUCUAUUCUUCCCUGUUUUCCUCUACUGGAUGUAAAAAUAUGCAGGUGGCUUUAUUCUUUGUCAAAAAUUCUGUGAUGGCUGAGGAUAAUGAGAGGCUGGAAGGAAGAGUAUCACUCGAAGAGAUCAAGAUGGCAGCAUUUCAACUGAAUGGUGCAAAGGCCCCAGGUCCAGAUGGUUACUCUGGUAUGUUUUAUCAGUCUUCAUGGAACAUAGUAAGUAAGGAAGUGGUAGAAAUGGUGUUUGAUUUUUUUGAAGGUAAAGUGAGUUUGAAAAAUCUAAAUAGAACUAAUGUGGUUCUUAUUCCUAAAGUAGAGCAUGCUGAAAAUGUGGGACAAUUUAGACCAAUUGGUCUGUGCAAUUUUGCCUACAAGAUAGUAUCAAAGAUUUUGGCAAACAGGUUGAAAAAUUUGAUGAAAAAGGUGAUUUCUGAGAAUCAAAGAGCUUUUGUGACUGGUAGACUAAUCCAAGACAAUAUCUUGGUUUCCCAUGAAGCUUUUCAUUACCUGAAAAACAAGAAAAAAGGGAAGAAAAUGGAGAUGGCAGUAAAAAUUGACAUGAAUAAAGCUUAUGACAGGCUAGAGUGGAAUUUAUUGAAGAGGUAA